GAGCGGAGCGGCGCGGGCGGGACGGCGGCAGGGGCUGCCCGGAGCCGGCGGAGGCGCGGCCGCCCCGGGAGGGCUCUGCGCGGUUCGGCCGCAGGCAGUGAGAGCCCCACCUGUUUGCCUGGCUGUGAGGGGGGCCCUGAGGAGCAGGUUCCCUCUUUGGGAGCCCCUGUCCUGCCUUGAGCCCUGGGAUUUCAUCCAUUUGCUGCCUCUGGGUGUAAGAGCUGUGCUGAGGAAUGUUGAAGUUGGUUUGUCCUGUGCACGUGUGUGCAGCAGGCCCAGGCUGUGGAGGACACUCGUGUUAGAAGUUUAUAUGGAUCAGUGGUACUUGCUCAAGAGUGACAGUGGAGAUCAACACUAAGUCUGCCCCUGUAGGUUAAAUUGCAGACUUGAGGCUCUGGACCAGCUCAUACCAUCGACGUUUUACUCCUCCUUGGGUGUAGCUGGGGAUUUGUUCCUGAGAAAAGAUGAUGAGUGAUGCAAGCGACAUGCUCGCUGCGGCCCUGGAGCAGAUGGAUGGCAUUAUAGCAGGUUCCAAGGCACUGGAAUACUCUAAUGGCAUCUUUGACUGCCAGUCCCCCACCUCUCCAUUCAUGGGGGGCCUGCGGGCGCUGCACCUCGUGGAGGACUUGCGGGGCUUGCUGGAGAUGAUGGAAGCGGACGAGAGAGAGGGGCUGCGCUGCCAGGUCCCAGACUCCACGGCGGAGGCUCUCAUCGAAUGGCUCCAAAGUCAAAUGACUAAUGGACACAUAUCUGGGAAUGGAGAUGUUUAUCAAGAAAGGCUGGCUCGUCUGGAAAAUGAUAAGGAAUCUCUUGUUCUGCAAGUAAGUGUGCUUACAGACCAGGUGGAGGCCCAAGGAGAAAAGAUCCGGGAUCUGGAGUUUUGCCUGGAGGAGCACAGGGAGAAGCUGAAUGCCACGGAGGAGAUGCUGCAGCAGGAGCUUUUAAGCAGAACAACCCUUGAAACUCAGAAGCUGGAUCUUAUGGCAGAGAUUUCCACUCUGAAAUUAAAGCUUACAUCUGUAGAGAAGGAUAGAUUGGACUAUGAGGACAGAUUCAGAGACACAGAGGAUUUGAUCCAGGAAAUAAAUGAAUUGCGGUUGAGGGUGGGAGAAAUGGACAAUGAAAGACUCCAGUAUGAGAAAAAACUGAAGACAACCAAAGAUGAACUGUCAGCUCUGAAAGACAAACUGGAGCAGAAGGAAGCCGAGGUGAAACGGUUGCAUGAAAAAUUGGUUUGCAAGCUGAAAGGAGAAGGGAUUGAAAUCCUGGACAGAGAUGAAAAUUGUAAAAAGAAGCUCAAAGAUAAAAAUAUAGAGGUACAGAAAAUGAAGAAGGCGGUAGAAUCUCUAAUGGCAGCAAAUGAAGAGAAGGAUCGGAAGAUAGAAGAGCUUCGGCAAUCUCUGAAUAGGUACAAGAAAGUCCAAGACAUGGUGAUACUGGCUCAAGGUAAAAAAGGCAAGGAAAGUGAAAGUGAAGACUUGAAUUCAGGGUCUGUUUCCAUGGGUUUGUUGGACACACCAAGUGUGACUGACCCAGAGAAAAGCCCAUCCCCAACCCCAGUAACAGCAUCUCCAAUCCAUGAUGAGUUCAACGUAAAUAUUCAUGAAGAGAUCCACACCAGCAUUUUACAGAUUUCAAUCCCUUCCUUUUCAUCAACAUCCAAGAGCUCAGAAACUGUUGCAGAGAGACUGAAAACACACCCUAGGCCAGAUCCUGCAAGUGAAAUGAGUGAAGGAAAAUCAACAGGUUCCUCCCCUGAAACUCAUCUGUGUGAUAGUCCAGUAACUUCCACACUGCAGAAGUCCAGCAGUCUGAGCAGUUUGAGGAAAGAGGCAUCUGAAAUGGACAGAGACUGUGCCCAGAGGCCAGCAGAGCAGGCUAAACCUCCUGUGGAAGGCAAUAAUUUUGCAACCCUCCCUCCCAAGUCUCCUUCUCACGGUGGCACCAGCGACGAGGACAGUUUUGGCACUCGCAAAGCCAGAUCUUCCUUUGGCCGGGGCUUUUUCAAGAUAAAAAAUAACAAGAGGACUGCGAGUGCCCCCAAUCUGGAUCGCAGUCGAAGUGCCAGUGCACCUACCUUAGCUGAAACAGAGAAGGGAUCUGCAGACCACUUGGAUCUGGCUGGCUUGCCCCCUCGCCCAAAGGAAGCAGAUAGUCUGCAGAUGACACCACCUUCUCCAGAUUCCAGGAAAAAGGCCAGGGGAAUCAAGAAGUUAUUUGGAAGACUUAAAAGAAGUCAGUCCACCACCUUCAACCCAGAGGACAUGUCGGAGACGGAGUUCAAAAGAGGAGGGACAAGAGCAACUGCAGGGCCCCGCUUGGGCUGGUCUCGGGACCUGGGGCAGUCCCACAAUGAGCUGGACAUGCCAUUUGCCAAGUGGACCAAGGAGCAGGUUUGCAACUGGCUACAGGACCAAGGGCUUGGCUCUUACAUCAGUAAUGGCAGGCACUGGAUAUUGUCUGGGCAAACACUUCUGCAGGCUUCUCAGCAGGAUCUGGAAAAGGAGCUUGGGAUAAAGCACCCUUUGCAUCGGAAGAAGCUCCAGCUUGCUCUGCAGGCACUGGGAUCUGAAGAGGAAAACAACCAUGGAAAACUGGAUUACCACUGGGUUACCAGGUGGCUGGAUGACAUUGGCCUGCCCCAGUACAAGACCCAGUUUGAUGAGGGGAAGGUGGAUGGCCGCAUGCUCCAUUACAUGAGUGUGGAUGACCUGCUGUCCUUGAAGGUCAUCAGUGUCCUUCACCACCUCAGCAUCAAAAGAGCCAUUCAGGUUUUGAGGAUAAACAACUUUGAGCCCAACUGCCUGCGCAGGAGGCCGUCUGAUGAGAACAACGUGACGCCGUCCGAGGUGGCGCAGUGGACCAACCACCGCGUGAUGGAGUGGCUGCGCUCCGUGGACCUGGCCGAGUACGCGCCCAACCUGCGCGGCAGCGGAGUGCACGGCGGGCUGAUGGUUUUGGAGCCCCGUUUCAAUGUGGAAACCAUGGCCCAGCUGCUGAACAUCCCACCCAACAAGACGCUGCUGCGGCGGCACUUGGCCACUCAUUUCAACCUCCUGGUGGGGCAGGAGGCCCAGCAGCAGAAGCGUGAAGCCAUGGAGUCCCCAGACUACGUCCUGCUGACAGCCACUGCCAAAGUCAAGCCAAAGAAACUUACCUUCAGCAAUUUUGGGAGCCUGAGGAAGAAGAAGCAGGACGAUGUGGAGGAGUAUGUGUGUCCUAUGGAGCUGGGACGGGCAUCUGGCAGCGGAUCAAAGAAGGGCUUUAAGCCUGGCCUGGAUAUCCGAGUAUACGAUGAUGAUGAUUUGGACAGGCUGGAGCAGAUGGAAGACUCAGAAGGGACAGUGAGGCAAAUAGGAGCAUUUUCUGAAGGCAUCAACAACCUGACACACAUGCUGAAGGAAGAUGAAAUGUUCAAAGACUUUGCCACUCGCUCUCCUAGCACCAGUAUAACAGAUGAGGACUCCAACGUGUGACAGUCACCACCAGGCACUGACAAAGGCUCGCUCUCCUGCGCGCAAGGACAUCCCUGUUCCACGUGACAGGCAGCAGAUCAUGUACUUUACAUUGCUCUUGCUUCUGUUUGUUAGAAGUAACACUGAGGGGUGGAGAAUUUUAAAGAGAAGAGGAGAAAAAACAAGGUGCCUACUUAAGUUGCCAUAAAAACCACCCAGACACUGGUGAAUGGUAAUCGUUGUAACUCUAUUUAAUGUACAAACUGGUGAUAUGUUUCAGAGUGUUGCAUUGAAAUUGAUGUGGUAUGAUAGUGCUCCUUUUGCUUGUUCAUGGCCUCAGAUAAUCCUUUAUACUGUUUGAAAAGAUCAGAAGAUGUUAGGUAAAACUGUUGCAUCUGUAGAUACUGCGUGUCAGCUCUCUUUGCACUCUCAGCUGAAAAAUAGAAGUUACUGCUCUUUUCUAAGUGCUUUUCUUUGGCACAAACACCAGUUCAGCCCUUUCCAGUGUAGGAUUUUAGAGAGCCGUGCCCUGUGUAAGGUCCCCGGUAGCUCUUGACUGUUGCUCCUAUUUUUAUACUGUUUUAUAAAAAAAAAAAAAAAAAAGAAGAAGAAGAAAAAAUAAGUAUAUGAAGUACAUAUAAAAGCAAAAAUUUAAAUUUUGUGAGAUAGAGCGAUGGAAAGUGGAAGGUGUGUGAGGGAGAGGGGGAAGGUUGUAAAAAAAAUAUGCCAGUUUGCAAACCAGCUGGUUACUGGGAAAGGCAGGCUGACCUUUGGAACUGUUUGCUUUCGUUGCUUUUUACUGAGUGCACAGUUUAAUGAUCUUCCAUUUGAGAUGAAACAAUUCUAAAGCAUGUUUCUUCUAGCAGUGACUGAUCCAGAAACUGCACAUUUUAAAAUGUCUUCUUUCUUGUCCCCAGCAGCAGUAAUUAGUGCAUUCAACAAGGUUAUUAACACUUCAUGACUUAAAAAAAUUCCUUAAAGUUGAGAGUACUCCCUGCAUAUGGAAGGGAUGUUUCUGUGCUGUGACUAACGUGAAGAUGGUGUAGUUGCAAAAAAUUAAAGUUAUAUAGAGAAAUGUAUAGGAAAUAUAUUAUUUCAUAUUAUUAAGCCUAAGGUGGGACUUUUCCUCCAAAAUUCAGAUAUCAAAUGUGUUGUUCAUCAUUUUACCUUCUCAAAGGACAGCUCCUCUGCUCUUGAGGAUCAUCAGGUUUUAAAAUUCCUGACUAGCCAGUGGGAAUCUUGUGUCAGACUUCCAGUACUGUGAAGUGUCCUAGCCAAAAGCAAACAAACAAAAGUAACUUUUUAUUCCAGUGGUCAUUUGUAUGGUGUUGAACGUUGCAUGUAUUUUAGCACAAUGGCAUGAAGCUGCUUUGCUCUGUAAAGGCAAACAAAAGUCCAGCUGGAAUUGUUCCUUGCGGUGGUGUUGCUUUGCCAAGCGUUUGUCACUCGUUUUGUCGCUCUCCUUGCUGGAAGUGAGACCAUUCCUGGUGUCGUGCAGGGGAUUUGGGGUUUGUGCUGGCUUUGGGGGUGUUUCUAAAACACUGUUAACAACACUAGGAAAGGAAGACAGGUUCUUCCCAGGAUUUGCAGGGAACUCCCCUCAGGUCAGAGGAAUAUUCCAGCAUUAGAAUGAUGUAAGCUAACCCGGACCUUUGAAAGUUGUGCAGUGUAGGUGAUUAUUGAUGUACCAAGAUGCAAAAUUUAAUGUGGGCAGGUUUAGGGUGCAGAUGCUUGGGAUGUGGAUUCAGGCUUCCCUUUCUGUGAAUACUCUGCAAUAUUGUUAUUAUUUACAUGGAAGUUGAACGUAAACCCUGUGGAAACACUGGGAAAUGUGGUGCAGGCUUCCAAACAGAAGUGUUCCUCUGGAUGGCUCUCACUGGCUACUGGACAGGACUGGGUAUUCACAGGGGGGGAAGGGAGCUAGUGACACAACAGUGUGUGCUGAAAUAGCCACAAACACUCUCCAGUUUCUCUGGAGUGUUAUCAGUGAGGGCAGCGAUCAUUUAUUUAAGCAGCAUUCUGCUCCAAACAACCCUUUCCUGGCAGCCAGGUCAUCCCCUCAGAGCUGAGCCUGGUUCUCUUAUGGGGUGGGGACAUGAGAGAGGUGGUGAAGUCAGGAGGUUCUGACGUGCAUAUGUGCACACUGUCAAUACCAUCGGGGUGUUUAAUUGGUUUGGAGAGGGCAAACAUAACUGCUGUGUAUUGCCAUGUGAAAUCCAAUAAAGUCUGUGGAAAAUGCCAA